AUGCAGCUCUCACUCCUCUUGUCGUUGCUUGCAAGCACCUGUUUGGCGGUUCCUAUCCAUGAGAGGCACCAGCAACCCAUUCAGGCUUUUGAUAAGAACUCCCCCUAUACUAGAAAGCAUAGGGACCCCUACGACCAUAAGAUUGAUUCUUAUGGCCAAGACUUGGAGCCCUUGCCAUGGCGAAAUGGUGACGGUGCCAGCAUGAUGGGACCUCGCAACAGGGAUCGAGAAAGGCAGAAUCCUGAUAUGUUGCGACCACCAACAACUGAUUCUGGCAACUUGCCCAACAUGCGUUGGAGCUUCGCUGAUUCACAUAUCCGAAUUGAGGAAGGAGGCUGGACACGACAAACCACGGUCAGAGAGCUUGGCACCAGCAAAGAGCUUGCUGGAGUCAAUAUGCGACUUGACCAUGGUGUCAUCCGUGAGCUCCACUGGCACAAACAGGCCGAGUGGGCAUAUGUCCUUGAAGGAAGUUGCCGUAUCACUGCCUUGGACACCGAGGGCGGAAGUUUUAUCGACGAUCUACAGAAGGGUGAUCUAUGGUAUUUUCCACCAGGCCACCCACACUCGCUCCAAGGUCUCAGUCCCAACGGUACCGAGUUCCUCCUGGUCUUUGAUGACGGCAACUUUGAUGAAGAAUCAACCUUCUUGCUGACUGACUGGUUGGCCCAUACACCAAAAUCUGUUCUCGGAGAGAACUUCCGUCUGGCACCAGAGGUCUUUGACGCUUUGGACCCCUCAGACAAAUAUAUCUUCCAAGGAGCUCUGCCCGGCUCCAUUGAUGAAGAGAAACCCAAAGGCAAGGAAGUCAAGAAGUCCAAGCUACAGUUCACUCACAAAAUGAUGGACCAAGUACCCCUGAAUACCACUGGUGGUCAGGUCAGAAUCACUGACUCCCUCAACUUCCCCAUUUCCAAAACCGUCGCUGCAGCACAUCUGAACAUCGAGCCUGGUGCUCUCCGAGAGAUGCACUGGCACCCCAAUGCCGAUGAGUGGUCAUACUUUAUCAGUGGAAGGGCUCGUGUUACCAUCUUUGCCGCAACAGGUAUUGCUCGAACUUUCGACUACAUGGCAGGCGAUGUUGGUAUCGUUCCCAAGAACAUGGGUCAUUUCAUCGAGAAUUUGAGCGACGAUGAGCCCGUGGAGGUCCUGGAGAUCUUCCAUGCCGACAAGUUUGAGGAUUUCUCAUUGUUCCAAUGGCUUGGUGAAACACCCAAGAAAAUGGUCGCGGAUCAUCUUUUUGCCAAUAAUCCAAAGGCCGCAAACAAGUUCUUGGAACAAAUUGAGGAUGCGGAGAAGGACCCUAUCAGGGAUGUUCUUGAGAAGUAA